AAAUAGUGCGUUUGUAUGUCAUGCUUGACGCUGGGUCUGUCUAACUGUCUUUGCAAAGGAAUGUAACUUAGCGGCUACGACUCUGUUUGGGACCGGGGACUGACAGAUGUUUUGAGAAAAAAACAUGUCGGGACUGCAGUGUCAUAAACUAUUUAAUAACCAAGAUGCUCAAAACAACGUAGUAGUUACCUCCAUCUCUGACUGGCAAUUAAGGACAUCUCGUCAGAUUUAAGAGAACCCUGCUAUAUUAACAGUCAACAUUUAGUUAUUUGGCAUCAUACUUGCUUCUAAGCAUGGACUCUUAACUUCCUCAGCUGUCAAGAUACACUGUUACACCUUUCCUUCAGUUGUUGUGUGACAAAUUGUUAAAAGAGUUCCACUGUGCCACCGUGUGUUACUGUACAAGUUUGUGAAGCCUUAUCAAGAUGUUUUCAGCGCUUAAGAAGUUGGUGGGAUCUGAGCCAGUCCAGCUCAGGGACAAGAACAUUCCAGCUGGCCUGCAGUCAAUGAACCAAAGUUUGCAGAGACGUUUUGCCAAAGGGGUCCAGUAUAAUAUGAAAAUAGUAAUCCGGGGAGAUAGAAACACUGGAAAGAGUACUUUGUGGCAUCGACUGCAGGGCAAGAAGUUUGUAGAGGAGUACUUACCCACUCAGGAGAUCCAAGCCACAAGUAUCCAUUGGAAUUACAAAACUACUGAUGAUGUGGUCAAGGUAGAGGUGUGGGACGUAGUAGACAAAGGCCAAAAAUAUCCUCUUCCUGAAGGUGUAGGCAAAGGCAAAAGGCGCGGAGAUAAUUUGAAACUGGAGAAUGAGCCCCAAGAGUCAGAUGAGGUGGCCCUGGAUGCAGAGUUCCUGGAUGUGUACAAGAACUGUAAUGGAGUCAUCAUGAUGUUUGACAUCACCAAGCAGUGGACUUUUAACUACAUCCUGAGGGAACUGCCCAAAGUACCUACCCAUGUGCCGGUGUGUGUGUUGGGAAACCACAGGGACAUGGGCGAGCAUCGAGUUAUCCUCCCUGAUGAUAUAAGAGACCUGAUUGCUGGACUUAACAGACCAAUGGGAGCUUCUUACAUCCACUAUGCUGAGUCCUCAAUGAAGAAUGGCUUUGGCUUAAAAUAUCUGCACAGGUUUUUCAACAUCCCCUUUCUGCAGCUACAGAGAGAGACCCUCCUGAGGCAGCUGGAGACAAACCAGCUGGACAUGGAUGCCACCUUGGAGGAGCUCUCUGUCCAGCAGGAGACUGAAGAUCAAAACUACGAGAUUUUUCUGGAGAACUUGGAGUCUCGCAGUAAGGGCUAUAGCUCUCCUGGCCCGGCUAAUGGUCAGAGUCCCUCCUCGGGCUCCCAGUCCCCCAUCGUUCCUCCUAGUGGGGCCUCUACAGGCAGCUCCAGCCCCAGCACCCCUCAGCCCCUGGUUUCUUCCCAGGUGCUACCACAGUCACCAUCUGUGUCAGCCUCCUCCCCUCUACCUACGUCAACAGCGGUUAGCGGGGAAGCUUCAGCUGCUCUUGAAUCAAAGCCAUCAGCCCAGUCACCAGAACACCUUCAGGCAUCAGCUGCAUCUGGAGUGUCGGCCCCCCAGAAACGUGGCUUUAUCUCCCGCUGGUUCGGUUCAUCUCCUGCUGCUGAGGCUCCUGUUUCUGCACCAGAUGAGCUGCCUGCACUGGUGUGUCCUGCUAAGGUUCAGAGUGUAGAUGACUUUGUACCAGAUGAGAGACUGGAUAAAAGUUUCCUGGAGGACAGCUUGCCCUCCAAGACCAAGGUGCCUCAGCCUCCAGCAGCUGUGGACAGUGACAGUGAUGGUGAAAACAGAGGAAACCCCAUGGUGUCUGGUUUCCAGGAUGAGCUGGAUCCUGACGACACUGAGCCCAGCCUUCCCCAACCUAAGACCCUGCCCCUCAGUAAAGAUAUCACUCUGACCAGUGACGAGGAUGAUGAAGUACCAGCUGUCCCUACUAUCACACAGAACCUAGACCUGGACAGUGAACCCGAGCUGAAAGCGCCUGUGAUCCACAUCACAAAACCAAAGGUGGCAUCUAAAGCUCCAGAGCCCAGAGGACCCAUCUCCCUCACUUUAACUCCAGCAGAAGAGCAGUUGCACCGACACCAGGCCAAGAAGAAGGGAAACACAGCCAAAGCUGAGGACUCUGAUACAGACCCCGAGGCCCCUGUAGCCCAACAGAUGCUCUCAUUUGUCAUGGAUGACCCCGACUUUGAGUCUGAAGCAUCAGACACACCAAAAAUAACCAAGGAUAUAUUUCCAGUCAGAGAUGAGCUUUUGUCUGACCCCUCUGACGAUGACGUGCAGAUAGCCAAGGUGCCAGAACCUCUGAAGGCCACUGCGAUCUCCUUCAAACACAAGGAUGAUACCGACCUUUUUGGCCUCGGCAUCCAAGAAGAGGCUCCCGCAGCCAACAACAACAGCAGCGAGGAGCAGGAAGAAAAGGAAAGCAAACACUCAUCCAAAGACAAGAAGAAAAAGAAGAAGAAAGGCAAAGAGGAAGAGGAAAAGAACAAGAAGAAACACAAACACAAGAAAAGGGAGAAAGACGAAGCUGUAGCAGGAGAUGACAAAGAGAAAAAGAAAAAGAAAUCCCGGAGCAAGAAAACAGAAGUGGACGAGUUGGAGGACUUCCUGGGUGGAGGAGCAGGGUUGAUUAAAAGAGAUGACGGUGAUUAUGAAGAACUAUAAAAGCUUGUUUUAUUAGGAAUGGAACUGCAGAACAGCAUUCAAGUUUCCUUGACUUGUAAGAGCAUAAAGCAUCUCCAAGCCAUACGCAAUACGCAAGGCUACCGACAACCCCCAGGUAAAAUAAGUUAAGGACUCUGUCUGAUUUCCCCAUGUGCACUACUGCUGUCACUUCCAUUCCAGCCAGUAGGGAACAGUGAGGAGACCCACACGUACUGUAGUGAGUGGUGACAUUAAAAUUUGAUGACUGGUGUAGCCAUGUAUUGGCUCUUUGUUCUUUGCCAUGAUUGGAUAUGUUGGCGAAAUAUUUUCUUUGAUUUGAUACACUCUGCAAGUGAUCCACUCUGAAUUGGCUGCUGUAAAUAGGGAUACCAUUUUGUCUAAACUUUUGUUUGGUUGGUAAUAUUGGGAGCAUGCUGUGUGUGAUGACUGACUCCUUAGAGACUCCACAGUGUUCUGUCUUUUAUUUCUUUGUUCCUUUCUUGUUGACUUAAGUGGUUAAUGGCAGAUUUAGGCUUGUGUCUUAAAUGUGAAUAAUGAGAAAAAAUUCAGAGAGAGUUGAUUUAUGAAUUUUUGCCCAUCACCAGUAAAGGCAAUGACCUCCCCCUCAUCACACUGGAGUACGUCCACACUAAGCUGGCUACACUUAAAAAAUAUGUUUGCUUUGUUUUGGCCUCCAUCUACACUUGACACGUCUAUCUUUUCAAAACCGCUAUGAAAACCUGCUACUGCGUGUCAGCAAAGUAGAUAAUUGAAGCUCUGUUCUCCUCUAACUCUUAAUGUGGUCACUAAUUUCAAGAUCAAACAAUACAGUUUGUGAAUCUGUAUAAAUGUUGACUUUGUCAGACAGAACAGAGGUGUAACCACCUGAGACUCAGCAGAGUUAUGCUGGGUUUAGUCAGCCUGGCAAUAGCCUGACCCAGCCGUCCUAUGGUGUUGGCUCGAAUCAAGAUUGACAAUGAGCGUCCUGCGCGAUUGCUUUAGUGUUUCAAAGUAAUUUAGAUGACGACCGACGCCACAUCUGGGACGCCUCAUGACAUCCUGACAGAAAGACUAGAAUGUUUGUUUGUUUGUUUGUUUUUGCCCACAACAAUUUUCCUCACAGCCGUCACUUUUACAAAUAGGAACACAGCGAUCUGCUGCUGUGGACAACUGUAUGGCAACAACACCCCAGCCUUUUUGAUAUUUCCUCUAGGGACAUUACUACAAGAAAUUAAAUUCAGAAAAAAUAAUGAAUGUUGAAAUUAACUAUAGAGACUAAAAUUCUUUUUUAUACCAGGCUGUGAAUAUGUUUAUUUGUGCUGUAUAGUUGGGCAAUUAACAUAGGGGUCUGUGGGGAUUAACUCUGUUUUGGAGCCAGCCUCAAGUGGCCAUUAGAGGAACUGCAGUUUUUGCCACUUCCACAUUAGCUUCAUUUGUCAGCCUCGGAGGUUGCUGCUUGACAACAUCACGCGCGUUGUCAAUGACAACCAGCAAUAAUUGGUUGCGGACCAAUGUCAAUCAAUCAAUCAAUUUUAUUUAUAAAGCCCAAUAUCACAAAUCACAAUUUGCCUCACAGGGCUUUACAGUGUGUGGUUUGUCAUGUCUGUCUGCCAAAUCAUGGCAAGAUUUUAAGACUCUGUAAUAGCCUAAUCUGACAUAGUGACUGUUGGAACGGACAAACGUAUUGUGAACUCUGAACCCAGCAUUUUCUCCUAAGAGCACUGAUUGGUGGAUCUCUCCACCUCAAUCUUGGUACCCUGCUGGCCCCCAACUGACAUUAUUCCUCCUCAUCCAAAUCCACUUACUAGAUUACUAAAUCCAACCUAGCUGCUUCAUCUGGCAUUUCCUUUACUGUCUUCCUCAAAAUCUGUCCCCGCACUCUGAGUUCCCCCAGGAGCGAGACAGCUGAUCUUGCUAUGAAUCCCCUACAGCCCACUUCCACUGGACAAAUCCUAGUUUUCCACCCUCGCUGCUCAGCUCCUGCUCCUAAGUCUGCAUACCAUACAUAAGCUUUUUCCUUUCAUAGGCUUCUUCCACUGAGUGUUCCCAAGGAACUGUCAGUUCAAUGAAAUAAACUAUCCGUUGACUCACUGACCACAACACUAUGUCAGGCCUCUGAUUGGUACAAACUAUUUCCUGGGGAACAACAAGCUUUCCCCCUAAAUCUACUUGCAUUUCCCAGUCACAAGCACCUUCUAGGCGGCCACACCCUUGCCUCUUUACUAACUUAUCACUUCUGUAUUUCUCCCCCUCACGGAAAAACUGAAUUGCUGAAGAUAAGAUAAAUGCCAGGAUUAGACCAUGAUAUAAUGGAGCCAAAAUUAGCACUAGGCAUGGCCACUGGACUUUUUAUCCCUUGUUGUGUUUCGUAGUGGAAAACAACCACCAGUAUCUGGGAAACCUCACAAAAUCCUGAAAACAUCUGUUUAUUUUGCCUGGUUUGACAACUUCAUUUUGCCUGGUUUGACAACGUUUCAAUCACAUGGAUCUUCGCCGACGAAGAUCCAUGUGAUCGAAACGUUGAUCUUAUAUAAUAAACAUUUGAGGAGCUAUAGCAGUGUGCGGACUUCACCCCUUUUUUUUAAAAAAGUUUGUUAGGUGGGGCCUCCAUGGAUUUAACUUGUUCUGGGCGCACCCCAUCAGAUUGGGAUCUGGGGAAUUUGGAGGCCAGGUCGACACCUUGAGUUCUUUGUCAUGUUCCUCAAGCCAUUUCUGAGAAGUUUUUGUAGUGUGACAUGGUACGUCGUCCUGCUGGAGGAAGCCAGUGCCAUAGCCACAAAGGGGGGGAUACUUGGUGUGUAAUGAGGUUUGGGUAAGUGUUGCGUUUAAGUGGCAUACACAUGAAUGCUGGGAUCCAAAGUUAGCCAGCAGAACAUUGCAUUGUAACAAGAUGAGGAGUGUUAUUCACUUAACCUGUCAGUGGUUUUAAUGUUAUGGCUGAUCGGUGUAUGUACACACUUACUGUCUUACGCAGUGACCAUGAAUUGUUUCAGGUUCACUUUGGUUACUAAAACUUUGUUUACAUCUGUAAAGAUUUCUUAUUGGUGCUAUCAGGUGAGACACUGAGUCAGUCCCAGGAACAUCAAAUGUGUCCUGUAGUCACAGCAAGGUUGAAUGACUGAUGAAAAUAUUGUAUAAUCUGAUUCCAAGCAUUCUUGCUUUACCUGGCGUUUAUUGAUGGAGAUCACACAAAUUGUAAUGUCGUUUUCACACCACUUUUAAAAUGAGCUAGCUUAGUGUGUGGACGUAGUCUUGGUGUGAAAGAGACCACAGCCACUAAUCCCCCAUAUGUCAUCACUGGUGAUUUUAUGAUUUCAUCCACUGGUCAAAAUGGCUGGUACAGUACAAGUUAUUUUCCUCCCCUUUCCUCCUUUCCCUGCUUCACCCUGUAGGCAAUGCACAAAUUCUCCUCAUGUUUUCAACAAUUGCCUUAAUGAAGGUCAAUACAGGGGGAUGAUGUGACGCUAUUCUCAUGAACCAUUUUUAAGUGUUCUUACUGUAAAGUAUUAGGUAGCUCGGUUUGAUUCAGAAUGUUGUCCUGGCCUUUUGUUGGUAAAACUGGAUCUGCAUCAUCUUUGAAGCUUAUACUUAUAAGAUUGUAGUGAAACAGUACUUUUGUUUGUCUUAACAGCAAAACGCCACCCUGACAAAAGAAUAUUAUGGAAUUGUUUUUUUCUCUGUAACAUUUCCAAGAUUUCUGUAUUGUUUUAUCCUUAUGUUAUUUAUUGCUUAUACUUUGUUUUGUUGGAAAAUGUCAGGGUUAAGUUUGUGUGAUUUGUGCUGAAACUGUCCCAAACAGUCAACACAUGCAGCUUUUUAUUGGUUACAGUUGUUCUCAUCUCCUAACCUGUUAUACAUCCUCCAAUGGUUUACUUCCACUGCUUUUAACAGCCUGUACAUGGUGAUACACAAUACGUAUGAUACAGUAUCUUCCAGAAAUCAUCCAAAUGUCUCAAAUAAGUAAAGCAUUCUUGCAUCUUAAAGAAAUUGUGUGUUUUUAGACUUGUUUUGAUAACUGUCAGAUGUCAUACAGUUUCCAUCUCCCAUACAUACUGUAUAUGGUUACACUCUGUUGGUUUACAAAGAAAUUAUGUUUGAUAUUCCAAAGUUGAAACUAUGCAGCAUUGAUCCUGAAUACUGUGCUCUUUUUUGUCUUUUGUCAUGUGAUUGAGGAUAAAUGCUGAAAGCACAGUUUCAAGCAAAGUGUGAGACUUAAAUGUACAGCAAGGAAAGAAUGUAUAAAGUAUAUUAACAGAUACAUAUGUUUGAAGAGCUUUGUUCCAAAAAUGAUCCAUACACCAUGUGGAAACGUGAUUGAGAUCAUAUAAAUGAUCUCAAUAGGAAAGAUCCAACAGGGGUAAUUGUAAAAUUCUGACAGGGUUCCUACGCAAGUAUGGAAAAGUAUGGAAAUAAAUUUGAUCAGUUUCCAGGUAUUAAAAAGUAUGGAAAAUGAAAAAUAAAGUCUGGGAAAAUAUUUGUGUUUCCAGACUAUUAUCACUGUUCUAAAAUACUGUUUUCUAAAGUAGAAAAUUAGGUAUUUCCAAAAAUAAUUUAAUCAAUCCGGAUCGAGUUUUAUGCCGGGCCAAGCACAGUUUGUGUGAGAGCAAGCGUCUCAGAAAACAUACCGCCCCUUUUACCUGAUUGACAAGUGGUAUAUCCAGUCCGCUGCCCCAUGACCCUCCUCCAGCCCCCCAGGUAACACUGCACCUUCGACAAGAAGACGAGUUUCAUGUGGUUCUCAAUGGGUAGAUGCAAGUUUUUGGAUGGAUGGCUUGACAAUACUGUAUAUAAAUACUGGUUGGCCAAGGAUUUCCAAUUCACACACAGAGCUAGAUGCAAGCUUUGUGUGAAAUCAUUUGACAUCGCCAACAUGGUGGAGAAGGCGAUUCUGAGCCACAUGAAAGGAAAAAACACCGACGUCUCGUUACUGCAUCGCUUGCACCCAGAGUCCCAACCUUUUUGCCUCAGCCCAGACAUUGAACUUACCUGAGUUUUUGUUUGCAUGCCAUUAUGGUACUUGGCUACAAUCGCCUAUUAAGAAUAAUUAAAUAUGAUGUGAAAUAUGAUACACUGAUAUAUUUACUCAGAUGUCGCAUAUUCUCUGGGGAAAAAAAAAACACUGAGAAGUCUGGAAAUUAGGGUAUGGAAAAGUAUGGAAUUUUGAAAUUCCAAAUGUGUAGGAACCCUGUGUCUAAAGUAAUAACAAUUCUGAGAAUGGAUAUGUACUUUGGAAAUGUCUUUCAGGUAUUUUUUCAAAUGGAUGGAUGACAUUUUAGAAACAAAACCCUUCAUUUAUUUUUGACCCCAUGAUAUGUUCCAUCUUUACACUAUGUUUGGUUUGUCCAAUAAAUGCAAACUUAUUUCUUCAUAAAGAA